AUGAAGUCCGAAGAUGGUGUCGUAAAGGGGCCAGCACAGCCGCUUGCCGUGGUUGUCUCUGGGUACAGCCACAAGGUGUUGCCCAUUUUGCUGAGUCUGUCAGCAAAUGCUGAGAAUCCCCGUGUUAUGCGUGCGUCUUUGGGUAACGCGAGGCGAAAUCCCGUGAGAUGGAUUCCCACUCAGCCCGGAACCGGUAAUGAAGGCAAUAACGAGGUGCACGCGGUGAAGGACUUGACUUCGCUCGUUGGCAGACACCCGCAUGCGCGAACAUACUUUCGCACAAACUGA